UGUCUCUCUUCUCAGAACUUGCAGAACUCAAACAACGAUUGAAAAUCUCCAUUCUGCUCAAACAGGUUUCUUUUGCUUUCAUUCCAACAUGAAGACUUCAUUUGUCCUCCUCCUCUCCGCCGUCGCCACCGUCAUGGCCCUUGACUCGGCGCCCAAGCAGGCUCUGCCGCGGGACCUCUUCUCCCCGGCCACCGAGGCGGAGAAGAGAGACUUUGGGCUGGGACCGCGCGGCGUGUGCUGCUGCCUCUGCGACCCUUGCAACAAGCCAGGCUGCCGGACCUGCCUUUGCUAAAAGAGAAGUGGUGUUAGUUGUCAGCACAAACUAUGAUAGCUAUAGCCAUGGCAGAAUCAGGGACGGUUUCAAAUUAAAUCCCCAGCGUUUAUCUUGUUCACUCGCACCGAAAUGUUGUGUUGGCUAAAAUGGCCCGACCAAUUUUGUGCAGCAGCAUGUAAAUGAAAUUUACUAUUUACCCAAGGGAAUAUCUCUACUGGCCCCGUCAGCCCAUACGAACCGGGGGCCCCUAUACAGUCGUAUGAGCAUAAUAAUGGACUUUCGAGGCCUGCGUCGAUGCUCUAUGCCUCGGCUGGCAGGCUGCCGGGCUGCAGCAGGUAUCGAGGCCUACGACAAUAGCAGAGGCUGCGCGUAAUGAAGUCAUCGCGGGCUGCUAGCACUGGCCCCUUGUAUACGGUGUGCGGGGUUGACGCACAAAUACAGACAUGCCCUUGGGUAAAUAGUAGUUUACAAUAGUAGUUUCUCUAGCGGAUACGAUGGCAUCACACUCGACACGUAAUCCAAUAAGAGC